AUGACUACCGAUGAAACAAUAAUAGAAGAACUUCAUAUAAAACUUGAAUCGUCAUCAACAAUUGAUUCGACAAAUGAUGAUGAUAAGACUUAUUCUCUAAAAGAAAAAUUUCAUGAAAUUGAUGGAGGUGCUGCAUUAUCAAAUGAUGGUCUUAUGGCAAAAUAUUGCUUUCGAACUUUAUCUAAAUAUCCAAUUAUUUAUGGUUAUAAACGAUAUUCAUAUGGAACACAUCAUAUUCAUUUUCAAAUUGAAAAACGAGGAGAUUUACAUUUCUUUUUUGGAAUAAUUACUUCAUUAGAAAAAGUCAGUCGAAUUAUGUCAACAGAUAUAGAUAAUAAAUCACUUUAUGGAUGGUGGGAUCUUAAUAGUAUUGUUGUUAAUGGUAAAGUUCAAAGAAAUAAAGAAAAAAAUCAUAUUGAAAAAAAUGAUGAAUUAACAUUAAUAUUAAAGUGUGAUGAUCAACAAAUAGAAUUAGAACAUUGUAGAACUAAACGUUUAUUAAAAUUAUCAAUUGAUAUUAUAUUAUGUCCAUUUCCUUGGAAAAUAGUUGUUGAAUUACCUAGUUAUGGUGAUUGUAUACAUAUUAUUCAAUAG